AGGGAGGGGUUCUUUACCCGGUCGGCCAGCUGAAGCUCGGCUCUCGGGUUACCCCUGCAGCGACGCCCCCUGGUCCCACCGAUACCACUGCUGCUCCCGCCCCUUCGCUCCUUGGCCGCGCAAUGGGCACCCGCGACGACGAGUACGACUAUCUCUUCAAAGUUGUCCUUAUUGGAGAUUCUGGUGUUGGAAAGAGUAAUCUCUUAUCUCGAUUUACUCGAAAUGAGUUUAAUCUUGAAAGUAAGAGCACCAUUGGAGUAGAGUUUGCAACCAGAAGCAUCCAGGUUGAUGGGAAAACAAUAAAGGCACAGAUAUGGGACACGGCAGGGCAGGAGCGAUACCGAGCUAUAACAUCAGCAUACUAUCGUGGAGCUGUAGGUGCCUUAUUGGUGUAUGACAUUGCUAAACAUCUCACAUAUGAAAAUGUAGAACGAUGGCUGAAAGAACUGAGAGAUCACGCUGAUAGUAACAUUGUUAUCAUGCUUGUGGGCAAUAAGAGUGAUUUGCGUCAUCUCAGGGCAGUUCCUACAGAUGAAGCAAGAGCUUUUGCAGAAAAGAAUGAAGCAAAUGUCAGACAGACGUGAAAAUGACAUGUCUCCAAGCAACAAUGUGGUUCCUAUUCAUGUUCCACCAACCACUGAAAACAAGCCAAAGGUGCAGUGCUGUCAGAACAUUUAAGGCGUUUCUCUUCUCCCCUAGAAGGCUGUGUAUAGUCCAUUUCCCAGGUCUGAGAUUUAAAUAUAUUUGUAAUUCUUGUGGUCACUUUGUGUUUUAUUACUUCCUCAUACUUAUGAAUUUUUCCAUGUCUUAAGUCUUUUGAUUUUAGCUUUAUAAAAUCAUCCACUUGUCCCGAAUGACUGCAGCUUUUUUUCAUGCUAUGGCUUCACUAGCCUUAGUUUAAUAAACUGAAUGUUUGGAUUCCUCAUUUACUGUUUACUUUUCAUCAUGGAAGCCUGUCACUGUAGGACAUACUAGAACUUAAUCACUUGAAGCUCAGACCUAUUGGUCUUGAUCAAAUCAAACUAAGAAGACUUUAGAAGAAAUGAGCUAUCAUUUUGCCACAGAACAGCUUAUAAUGAGCAGCUAAUAAUUCAUACACUCUUCUCUCAAUGCAGUGUAUAUUUCCACAAAUCUAAGAAUUGCCCUAUAAACAUAGCAGGAUUUUGAGAGCUUGAAAAUUUUCCAUUAUUCUGGAAGUCAAUUUCUAAAAAUGCCUUAAUAAGGUUAAGUAGUUUAGUAAAUUUUGUCUUUUAAUUUUUGUAAGCGUCAAAGUUGAUUAGAGAGGGGGACACUUUUUUCUGGAUAAGAAUUAUCUUAAUAAACAAAAGACUGUUUAUGGUUUCAGUAGCAGUGUGGUUAUGGAGCCAUAUGUUCAACAAUGCUGCCUGGCAGGCUGGGAACUUGAGAGACUGGUGGAAUUCCAUCUGAGAUGCCUCUGUUGCAAUGAUCAGGCAGCCCAAAUCAUUGAACUCCUAAUUUCCCAGCAGUAGAUAUGUGGCAUUUUAUUGCUCAGGCAAUAACUGGUUUAAUGCUGUUAGUAUCAAAUUGUGAAGUGUUAAUUUUGUCUUAAAACCUUCCAGUAAAUGAAAUGCAACCUAGUUUUAUCACCGUAACUAUCAGCAGGCAUGGAUAAUUAUUUUAACUAUGCUGAUUUUUGAGUUUUGCAGUAUAUUAUGGAAUACAGUCUAGUUAAAUAUCUGGUUUCAGUAUGUCUAAGGAAUAUAGUGAGAGGUUAAUUUCUGCUCAAGUGGUACCACUUAAAGGCAUGUAUUUUAGUACGUAGUACCUUGAGUUUAAAUAGAAUGCAUUUAGGCAUUAUACAAACCUGAACUACUUUUUCCCCACUACAUUAUUGAAAUCAGUGGAGCGACUAGUUUCCCAUUUAGAAAUGUGCACACUAAUACUGAGUUUUACUUUAUUGUGGAUAAUAUUAAGCACUUACUCUGCAGUGUUCUGAAAGUUGUGUCGACUGAAUUGAUACUAUUCAGGAUGGUGGAAUAUCCCCCCAGUACAAAAAUAUAUGUGUUUGGGCUUGCAUAGAUUACUAUGUUUCAUAGUUAAUCUGUCUUUUGCGGUGCUCAUGACGUGUGGGGCACAUGUCGUGUGGGGCACACAGAAGGCAUUGCUGUGGUCAGUCUUUUGGUUUUCUUCUGUAGCCAUUUAUUAGAGUGUUGGUUGGUUAUGAAGAUACUAUUAUCUAUUUGUAAAUCGCUACUUUGUAUUUUAUGCAUGCUCUGUAACUUGAUUUAUUUUUAUUUUUAUUUUAUUUUUUAGUUAUUGAUUUGGAAUAUAUUCACAUUCUAAUAAACAGUUAUAGGGGGACUAUUCUUUAUGUUGUCAGAUUACAUUUUUCCUUUGAGUGCUUUGGAUGCAGCCAUGGAAUAUUUGAUUCUGAUGAGUAAGAGCAUAGGUCCUUGUAUUACAGAGUAAACACUAAAUUGGAGGCAUCAUUGUGUGAAUUCAGCUUUGAUUUUAGACAUACGUUUCAAUUAUGCUUUUCUUGGAAAAAGUAUCACCAAAAACAUUAAGGAAGUAAUCUUUGUACUUUCAUAUGUAACAGUGUCACCAGACCCGGGAAGAGGCUUUUACUCGAAAUCGGUAGUAAAUCUUUCACAAAAUUAUUUAAGAGAAGGAAACUCUAGGUGGUGAAAAUGAGUAACUUUGAAUUUUUAUCAAGUAUAGACUUAAUGUUGCUGUGGGCAUGGUUGGAUCUUGGGAGAAUUCCAAGAACCCUUUAAGUAGUAGUAGAAAAUGUCUUUGAUUGCAUCUUAACAGUGUUUUCAUUCUGAAUAGUAUCUCAGGAGACAAACUGUCUCAAGUAAGAAACAUUAAGUUUUAAAAUAUGACAAUGUAGGGCUCAAGGUAGUUUAGAAGUGUUUUGCUGCUUGACCCUGCUUUUCAGUCAUUUUAACUGAAUUUUUUUUUAACCUAUUCUGAAAAGCCAGUUAGCCAUCUUGACUUGUUUUAAACAUGUCAUUGGUCUCAAGUGCUAUCUAUGAUUUUUCUUUAAUAAUAGUAGUUACAACUCUGUAGGGGUAAGUUAUCAUUAGCCAUUGCAUUGUGUAUGCUAAAUUCUAAUUCUAAGAAGGGGUGCUAGCUGGUGACUUAGGCCAGCGGUUUUAAGUUCUGAAAGGUUCUGCAGAAAAGUUAGACCUCUUGAGUUUAGAUUGUCCAUCAGAGCUUGUCCUAUUUAUUGUAUCAGUGGGAAAAUGGACAUUUUAAUUUUGUCUUCA